AUGCAGAUGGCCUCAUCCUCACCUUCUGCCUCUGAGUGUGCUGGAGAAGAGCAACGAGUUGGGACACGAACAGUGUUCAUUGGCAAUCAUCCAGUUUCAGAAACGGAAGCUUACAUUGCACAGCACUUUUGUGAUAAUAGAAUAGUCUCAUCUAAGUAUACGCUUUGGAAUUUCCUUCCAAAGAAUCUGUUUGAACAGUUUAGAAGAAUUGCCAAUUUUUAUUUUCUCAUCAUUUUUCUUGUACAGGUCACAGUAGACACACCAACCAGUCCAGUUACCAGUGGACUUCCACUAUUCUUUGUUAUAACUGUUACAGCCAUCAAGCAGGGAUAUGAGGAUUGGCUGAGACACAGAGCUGACAACGAAGUCAAUAAGAGCACUGUUUACAUUAUUGAAAAUGCAAAACGAGUGAGAAAAGAAAGUGAAAAAAUCAAGGUUGGUGAUGUAGUAGAAGUACAUGCAGAUGAAACCUUUCCUUGUGAUCUUAUUCUUUUAUCAUCAGGCACCAGUGAUGGAACCUGUUAUGUCACUACAGCCAGUCUUGAUGGAGAAUCCAAUUGCAAGACACAUUAUGCAGUACGUGAUACCAUUGCACUGUGUACAGCAGAAGCCAUCAAUACUCUUCGAGCAGCAAUUGAAUGUGAACAGCCUCAACCUGACCUCUACAAGUUUGUUGGGCGAAUCAAUAUCUAUAGUAAUAGUCUUGAGGCUGUUGCCAGGUCUUUGGGACCUGAAAAUCUCUUAUUGAAAGGAGCUACACUAAAAAACACCAAGAAGAUAUAUGGAGUUGCUGUUUACACUGGGAUGGAAACCAAAAUGGCUUUAAACUACCAAGGAAAAUCUCAGAAACGUUCUGCAGUUGAAAAAUCCAUCAAUGCCUUCCUGAUUGUGUAUUUAUUUAUAUUGCUGACCAAAGCUGCAGUAUGCACUACUCUAAAGUAUGUUUGGCAAAGUAAUCCAUACAAUGAUGAACCUUGGUAUAAUCAAAAGACCCAGAAAGAGCGGGAGACGUUGAAGGUUUUGAAAAUGUUCACCGACUUCCUAUCAUUUAUGGUUCUAUUCAACUUUAUUAUUCCUGUCUCCAUGUAUGUCACAGUAGAAAUGCAGAAAUUCUUGGGCUCCUUCUUCAUUUCGUGGGACAAGGACUUUUAUGAUGAAGAAAUUAAUGAAGGAGCCCUUGUUAACACAUCAGAUCUUAAUGAAGAACUUGGUCAGGUGGAUUAUGUAUUUACAGAUAAGACUGGAACACUCACUGAAAACAGCAUGGAAUUCAUUGAAUGCUGCAUAGAUGGACACAAGUAUAAAGGUGUAAUUGAGGAGGUUGAUGGAGUUCCUCAAACUGAUGGAUCCUUAACAUAUUUUGACAAAGCAGAUAAGAAUCGAGAAGAGCUCUUUCUACGUGCUCUGUGUUUAUGUCAUACUGUAGAGGUUAAAACAAAUGAUGCUGUUGAUGGAGCUACACAAGCAACUGACUUAACCUAUGUCUCCUCUUCACCAGAUGAAAUAGCUCUGGUGAAAGGAGCUAAAAAGUACGGGUUCACAUUUUUAGGAACUCAGAAUGGGUAUAUGAGAGUAGAGAACCAAAGAAAAGAAACAGAAGAAUACGAGCUUCUUCACACCUUAUACUUUGAUUCUGUCCGCCGACGUAUGAGUGUAAUCGUGAAGACUCAGACAGGUACGCAUUUUCUGAACUUGAAUUUUUCUCCAUUUCUGUUUGUUAGGCAGCUCAUAGAGGCAAAAAUGGCCUUACAAGACAGAGAAGAAAAAAUGGAAAAGGUUUUUGAUGAUAUUGAGACGAACAUGAAUUUAAUUGGAGCAACUGCGGUAGAAGACAAGCUACAAGAUCAAGCUGCUGAAACCAUUGAAGCUCUGCAUGCAGCAGGCCUGAAAGUCUGGGUGCUUACGGGGGACAAGAUGGAAACAGCCAAAUCCACAUGCUAUGCCUGUCGCCUCUUCCAAACCAGCACUGAGCUCUUAGAACUGACCACAAAAACCAUCGAAGAUAGUGAAAGAAAGGAAGACCGAUUGCAUGAAUUGUUGAUAGAAUAUCGGAAGAAGUUACUGCAUGAAUUUCCUAAAAGUACUAGAAGCCUUAAAAAAGCAUGGACAGAGCACCAGGAAUAUGGAUUAAUCAUUGAUGGCUCCACAUUGUCACUCAUACUAAAUUCUAGUCAAGACUAUAGUUCAAACAAUUAUAAAAGCAUUUUCCUCCAGAUCUGUAUGAAGUGCACUGCAGUGCUCUGCUGCCGGAUGGCACCAUUACAGAAAGCCCAGAUUGUCAGAAUGGUGAAGAAUUUAAAAGGCAGUCCAAUAACACUGUCGAUAGGUGAUGGUGCCAAUGAUGUUAGUAUGAUCUUGGAAUCCCAUGUGGGAAUAGGCAUUAAAGGCAAAGAAGGUCGCCACGCAGCCAGAAAUAGUGAUUAUGCGGUUCCAAAGUUUAAACAUUUAAAGAAACUGCUAUUGGCUCAUGGACAUCUGUAUUAUGUGAGAAUAGCACACCUUGUACAGUAUUUCUUUUAUAAGAACCUUUGUUUCAUUUUGCCACAAUUUUUGUACCAGUUCUUCUGUGGAUUCUCACAACAGCCAUUAUAUGAUGCCGCUUACCUUACAAUGUACAAUAUCUGCUUCACCUCUUUACCCAUCCUGGCCUACAGUCUACUGGAACAGCACAUCAACAUUGACACUCUGACCUCUGACCCCCGAUUGUAUAUGAAAAUCACUGGCAAUGCCAUGUUACAGUUGGGCCCCUUCUUAUAUUGGACAUUUCUGGCUGCCUUUGAAGGGACUGUAUUCUUCUUUGGGACUUAUUUUCUUUUUCAGACUUCAUCCCUAGAAGACAACGGAAAGGUAAACAGAACAUAUGGGGCAAUCUACUUCCGUAUAUCCAUCUAUGAAAGUUCUUGUGUUGUAUCUUUGCAGCUCGCCUUGGAUACGCGGUUCUGGACAUGGAUAAAUCACUUUGUGAUUUGGGGUUCCUUAGCCUUUUAUGUAUUUUUUUCAUUCUUCUGGGGAGGAAUUAUUUGGCCUUUUCUCAAGCAGCAGAGAAUGUAUUUCGUAUUUGCUCAAAUGCUAUCGUCUGUAUCCACGUGGUUGGCCAUAGUUUUUCUAAUAUUUAUCAGCCUUUUCCCGGAGAUUCUCCUGAUAGUAUUAAAGAAUGUAAGAAGAAGAAGUGCCAGGAAUCCGAAUCUUGAACUGCCUAUGUUAUUGUCCUACAAGCAUAUUGACAGUGGUUACACCUAA